GCUUCGGGGCGACAAAGUAGGGCGGGAGGCGUGUAGGGGGUAGCAGAUGGACAGUCGGGUGGUGCUGUGGUGAUGGUGUGGUGGUGUCAUUGGAGCUGUUGUGACGAUGGUGUGCCCGGUGUGGAGCGAGUGUUUGUGAGCCAAGAGCCUCGAGUGUUCCACUGGCCCAGGCAAAGGAAAGGCCGGCCACGUGUUCUCCAGGUACCGACUACUGAUAAGGAAGAGGAGGAGGAGGAGGAGGAGGAGGAGAGGAGAGAGGAGGAGCCGCAUUCGUUUGGUGGCGAUAUAGGAAAUUAUAGAGUUCGGCGUGACAAGGUUAAGCGACGAUUAGGGAUACUACCGCUGUUUCUGGGGCGUCGCAAGGCAGGCCCCACCUCGACCCGCACCUCAGUCCCCACUCCGGCCCCUCGUCCCAGGGAAGAAGCGACUGAAAAUUUCCUGCAUAAGUUGUUCCUGCCGUGGCGGAAGCGUCGCCCUCCUCCCCCGAUACUGAUACCCCCUGCCAUCUUCGUCUCCAGCCCCGAAGAGACCGAGGCAGUGCUGGCCAUGGACGCACGCCGCCACCACGCCUCCCGCCGUGCUUCAGAGAUGUACAAUGUAGACCCUGAGGAAGACCUGGACUUUCCUUCAGAGGAGUCGUAUCCAGGAAUGUACCAGGACAGGUUCUUCAGUGAACCGUUUGAGGAAGGCUGGACCACCGUGGGAGAGGUCACGAUCGCCAUGGACCGACACUCCCCGGACCCUCGUACAGACCGCGCCUCCUCCCCAUCAAGGCUGUCCGCCAGUCCACCGCCCGCCACCAGGUCACCCAAAAAAAGGCUGCAGCUCAACAUAGCCUCGACCAACACAGCCUUAGCCAACGCAACCUAUCCUGAGCCUCUUCCCUCGGGCGGUAAGGAGCCCCGCCAGGACACACAGUCAACCAAGAAGGCUGAAGGCUCCUGGCGGUCUCCUUUCUCGUCCCCCAAGAAGUCUCAGGAGAGCCGCCUGGCCCGCGCCGCUGUGGAAUCUUCUCCAAAAAAGUCACCGAAAAACUCUCCGAAGAGCUCCCCAAAGAAAGUUAAGGGAGUGGCGGCAUUCAGUUCCCCUCAGUGCGGUCGACGGGUCCUGCCAGAAAUCCUGGAGUCCUCAGUGCAUCAGUACCGCCCUGUCUACAACACGCCACCUCUCGACAACACCAAUCUGGUCCCCAAGCCUUAUUGCUCCAGGUACUCCGCCAGCCUCACCUCGCCACCCUACAGGGGCCCUGUGGCCUCACCCCGUACCAUCCUGCCAAAACCAGGAGCCACGCCGAGCACUGAAAGUAACGGCGGUGAGGCGGCGGCAGUGAGUCAAAGGCAGCCCAAAGACACCAAGGGGAAAAUCAAGAGGUCGAUGCCAAGUCCAGAGGCGUGCCUGGAGGGCUGUGGCAAGACCUCCCGGACUUCGUCCCCUCGCUCACUCAGCCCCACCAGCCCCACCAGCCCCAUCACCCGGCCGGGAAUGGACUCUAUAUAUUCAAGACCCUUAACUCGAUCUCCAUUAACCACAGGAAAGACAAGCAAGAGUCCAAUUAAUAACAAGACUCCUUCACCUAUUGCCAGUCCGUUGGGCAGCCCCGUGACGAGUUCCGGCCUCAGUCCAACAACCAGCCCCAGCCUCAGCCCCACACCUAGCCCAAAAUUCAGCCCUGUCACCACGCCGCCGCCCAGUAAGCGUGGACAGAGCCCUCCUUUCCUCCAACCUCUCAGCCCCCCCUCUAGCCCCGACAACAAGGAAAGUCUGUCUGAUUCGACGGACCUAGACCCUGAGGAGUUCCUGGCGCUCAGCACCCUGGACUCAGCACUGCUGGACACGCCCUCGCUGUACAACUGCUCCAACAAACCUUUCAACUCUUACGAGGAGCUGCAGACCAUGACUGAAAAGGAACAAAAAUCUUCCGUCUCCGCCCCGACGCCCACCACUGCCGCGGCGGCCCGCCCUUCCAAUCAAACCAAAACUUCAGAAUAUUCUGGUGACGUGGACAGUGGCGGCAGCCGUCACCCCAGUGAGGCUAUGGAUACCACCCUCAGCAGGGACUCGCUCAACACCACUAUCAGCGACGAGAUGAAGAGCCUGCGCAGCUUUGUGGCUCAGGAGGAGCUCUCCACGCCUCCAGCAUCGCAGGGCCCCAAGAACCAGCGCGAAGAGAGUCUAGAGUUUGUGUUUGAGGAAGUGACCGACUCACCGUGCCACCUGCCUCGGGAACAUGUCCCGGCCCCCGCUAAAUCACCAGCAGGAGGCUCACUUGCCACAGGGGAAAAAAAACCCAGCAGAUUGUCACCGAAACUUGGCAAGUUCACGCAGAAAGUGUCAGACAAAAACAAAGAGAAUGAAGAGAAAAACAAGAUCAGUCCCUUUCUGCCCCGCAACAUCCUUCACUUUGGCAGCAAGGACAAGAAGGCCAAAGCCAAGGCUCACGAGACAGACUCCCCGAAGACUGAGGGCUGGACUUCAGAGGCCAUCGAGGAAUACUUAUUGGAGACCAGCCGGGAAGAGAGCGUCAAGCUGGGUCUCCUGACGGAGGAAGACAUUAUGUACCACGAGUCCAAGGGAGGGCAUCAGACUUCUUCCGCCUCUCGCCCUCUCCCCGAAGUGACGGUCAGUGAUGAGCUGCAGCCCGUGGCUCCCUUCAGGAGAAGGGCGGCCCCCUCCCCGCCGCAGAGUAGGUCCCCAUCCUGGAACCCACAGGACAUUGAGAAUUAUUUGCUGGAGCAUAACAAGGACGAGAACCUUCGCCUGGGACUGCUAUCAAAAGAGGACAUUGAUAUCUACGAGUGGAAGCGUGCCACAGGCAUGUCUCCGAUCUGCGACACCUCAUGGACGCGCGAGACGUUACGCAAGAACAAGUGGUGCACUCCAGCGAGUCUUCCCUCUCUGGCUCAGCCUCCCAGCCAGCCUCCCCGGAUCCCUGCGCCGCUGCUCCGAGGCUCACUGCACCUGCCAUGUCCCCAAGAGCCAAAACCCACGUUCUCAGGGAGCCUCGCAAACCAGGCGGAGAAAAGCCUGUCGACGUUCCCAGCCAGCCAAUCUCUGUUCCUCGACGACGAGUGCGAGCACCAGCGCCGCCCAUCGGAACACCACCUUCUGCCAAAUCUGCUGUUGCAACAUCCGCCGCCUCGGACAACAGCAAGCUGAACGCUCACUUCGCUUUCCGAGGAUUCAAAUUGGGUCAAGGAUUAAACUCGAGCGGUCCGGGAAGGAAGGGAUGCGCACCACAGCCCCCAGCAGUGGCCAGCCUCCAGCAGGAGGCCGUGAAACCACCUGCUCCCAAAUAUGACUCACUAAAAGAAUCCACACCAGACGCCAUCACCUCCAG